UGGAUGGAAGAAGCAGCUCAGGCUGCUAGAGGCAGAUGGUCUGAUAGUCUCCUGUUUCUUGGGUUUUGCCACCUUACUAUGUAGAACUAGAACUGGUGAAAGACUGUAUUUGUUUUGGGAUGUUUUUGACAAACUCUGCUGCCAGCCUGAUGAUGAGCGAAUCAAAGGACUUAAGGCUCAGAAUGUGAGUGGAAAAUGUGAGUUCUUAAAGGGACCCUGAUAAAGGGGAAAUGGAGAUUAGUAGCAGCUGCAGAACUACAGGCUCAUAAAAAAAGAGAUAGAAGGCUCAUACUGAACAUAAUGUGAACGGGCUAUAUUCCAUUCCAGUAAAUGGCUUACAUUCCAUUUCCAUAUUGGGAUUGAUGUUUUAGAGAACACACAACAGUUCCACAAUGGAAGAAAGGGCAAAUGGUACAGUGGUUCAUAACUCACUGGCUGAAUACUCUCCCAUCAAGGAAGCAGGCAAGCCAGAUUCAAGUGACAGCUGUGAAAUGUAUGAAAGAAACAAAGAAACAAUCCAGCUGAAGAAAGAAAUCUCUUUGCUUAAUGGAAUCAGCCUCAUUGUAGGCAACAUGAUUGGUUCAGGUAUCUUUGUCUCGCCUAAAGGAGUUCUCAUCUACAGUGCCUCCUAUGGAUUGUCGCUAAUAAUCUGGGCAACCGGGGGGAUUUUUUCAGUGUUUGGAGCACUCUGCUAUGCUGAACUGGGAACCACUAUUACCAAGUCAGGAGCCAGCUAUGCAUAUAUCUUGGAGGCCUUUGGGAGCUUUAUUGCUUUUAUUCGCUUAUGGAGCUCAUUAUUAAUUGUUGAGCCAACUAGUCAGGCAAUUAUUGCAAUAACCUUUGCUAACUACAUUGUGCAGCCUGUCUUCCCUUCUUGUGAGCCUCCUUAUGUUGCCUGUCGUCUCAUCGCAGCUGCUUGUAUAUGUCUUCUAACAUUUAUAAAUUGUGCCUAUGUUAAAUGGGGAACAAGGGUGCAGGAUGUAUUCACAUAUGCUAAAGUCAUUGCCCUUAUUGUCAUCAUCAUAACAGGAAUUGUUAAACUAUGCCAGGGACAUUCAGGACACUUUCAGAAUUCCUUUGAGGGAUCUUCUUGGGACCUAGGAGACAUUUCUCUUGCACUGUAUUCUGCCCUGUUCUCUUACUCAGGAUGGGAUACCCUUAAUUUUGUAACAGAAGAAAUCAAAAACCCAGAAAGGAAUCUGCCACUGGCUAUUGCAGUUUCUAUGCCCAUUGUGACGGUUAUCUAUAUUUUGACCAACAUAGCUUACUAUACGGUGUUGGAUAUUCAUGCUGUUCUUUCUAGUGAUGCUGUGGCAGUGACGUUUGCUGACCAGGUGUUCGGAAUUUUCAGUUGGACAGUUCCUGUUGCUGUAGCUAUUUCAUGUUUUGGUGGACUUAAUGCAUCAAUUUUAGCAUCAUCUAGGCUAUUUUUUGUAGGAUCCCGGGAAGGUCAUCUCCCUGAUCUAUUGUCCAUGAUCCAUAUAGGGAGGUUCACACCUGUACCAGCACUACUCUUCAAUUGUACUAUGGCCCUCAUUUAUCUGACUGUAGAAGAUGUCUUCCAGCUUAUUAACUACUUCAGUUUCAGUUACUGGUUUUUUGUGGGACUAUCAAUAGCUGGGCAAUUAUACCUCCGCUGGAAGGAACCAGAUCGACCCAGGCCUCUCAAGUUGAGCCUAUUUUUCCCAAUAGCUUUCUGUAUAUGCUCAGUAUUUCUGGUGGUGGUGCCUCUAUAUAGUGACACCAUUAAUUCAUUGAUCGGAAUUGGCAUUGCUAUAUCUGGAAUUCCAGUCUAUUUCAUUGGAGUCUACUUGCCCAUUUCCAGAAGGCCUCCAUUUAUCAACAACAUCUUAGGUGCUAUCACUGAAGCCACCCAGGUGCUUUGUUACAGUGUUUUGACAGAGAUGGACAGUGAAGAUAAGAAAUUAAAGACUAAAUCUAACUAAAUAUUUAAAGCAGUUCCAAAGACAGCAGAGAACCAAGCAAAAGUUACUAACAGGAAUAGAAGAGGAUCAACAGGGAAUAUGGGGCAACUGAAGAACCAUUGGAGCCAGGAACAGAUGUACCAGCUAUUACUGAAGAGGGAUGCUUGGGUGCAUCAUACUCCCUGCCAUGGUCUGUAGUUGAAGUAGUGUCAAUUCACAUUAUUAUGGGUAAUCAUUAGCCAGUCACUUCAGACAUAGAAACCAUGUCUGAACUAUUCAUUAUAGUUUGAGGCCAAUGGAAAAUCUCAUAGAAAUGGGAAAACAGAUUCUAGAAUAGUAGAACUGAGUGAUCAAAUUAAACGUAUUUUGGAGAACUAGGUAGCAGAAUAAUGAAUCAUUAAGUACAAUUAGGGUAACCAGAUGAGAGACAUGAAAUAUCGGGACACUGACCGAGCAAAAAAAAAAAAGUGCCAGAGCAUAGGAUAAAUGGGUGGGGGCUGAGCACCCACCUGCAGCUCCCUGCCCUGCCCCCCCUCCACCACACCAGCUCACCUCUGCCUCCCAUGCUUGGGGAAGAGGCGGAGACAGGGCUGAGUUUGGGGCAUGAGCCCCCUCCACCUGUGCGCCAGUGGGCAAAAUAUCAGGACAAUUUGCAUCCCAACCGAACAUCGGGCGGGAGGCAGGACAAGUAAAUAUCGAGACGUCUGGUCACCCUAAGUACAGUUCAAAACUACUCCAAGUCAGAAGUGACCAAAAGCCACUCAGUGGCCUAUGUGAAGUGACUUGCUUGGGAAUCUGCCCCUUAUCCCGGACAGGUAUCCAUAACAAACAUUCGUUAUUGGCAGUUGCAGCAGAUUGAAUCAGCAUAUAAAGAUUGCCCUACCCUUUCUCCUCUAGAAAUUAUCAUUUCAGUGAAAAGUGGUGGGGUCUGCAGAGAGAGAAUUCCAAUCUCUAAAGCUGUUUUGCAUUGCACCUUUCACAUGCUCCCAAUUGCCUUUUCACAGAAAAAACUUACUUGAUUAAAAUGUUAAUAUUUACAUAUGGAUUGUUACCGGUUUUGCGAUGAUUGAUUUGUUUCUAAAUGGUUCAAAUAGAACCCCAAAAAGUAAAAUACUUAAGAGGCAAAAACUUAAGCUUCCCUAUUUAAUAGUUUCUUAAAUUACAGCAAAGAGACCAGACAUUUUAGUUUGAUUUUCAAUACUGUUCACCAGAGGCAGUACUUUUACAUAUUAUAAAGACUUUAUAGUAGAACUAAUAUGUAAUACCAUGGCUGUCAUCUCAGUUUGAAAAUUUAGAUGUAUAAUAGUGACUGACAUAGAAGAGAAAUCUAUUUAUACAUAGAAUUCAACUGAGAGACAUUGUGGGGAAAAGGGGAAAUACUUCCUUGAUCUGAUGUGCUAUUAGUUCAUCUCAACGGUUAGUAAUAAAUGCUAGAAAUAAUUGUACUACUGAAGUAAAGAUCAAAUCACCUUCAAGAUACUGGGGUUCUAAUAUAUUCUUGCUGGGUCUGCUCCUAGACACUUUACAUACCAAUGAUCAACAAUAUUGAAAAUAUAACACUUAAGUUGAGAGCUGAAACACCUGGGUAUCACUUGUUUUUAAGAGGUUCAAAAUUGGAGAUGAUUAGCGGGAUAGCAAACUAUAGCCCUGUGGUGAAAUAUAAAUACGUCAACUUAUUUGCCUGUGCUUGAGAGUCAAAUACUAUAAAACCAAUUUUGUCACAACUAUAGCUAAAUUAAGAUGAAAUACAGCUGCAAAAAUGGGUCUUAUAUUCUGCCUUCUUUGUGGCACAGUGGGAUGACCCUGUUUUGCAAUCUUGUUAAAAAAAACUUAGUAUCUGUAUCUCAACUUAUUUAAAACAUCAGGUUUUUUUUAAACUAGGUAAACUGGAACCUUGCAAUCUUAAUUAUUUUCUAUUCCAUGCUAAUUUAUUUCUCUGUAGCUGAAGAGUGAGGUUUAAAAUAAAUCCCAUCAAACCCACAGCAUGCUGAAUUGAAAGGCUCUUUCUUUUGGAGUCUAAAAUCUCUAACUAUAUUUUAAAACAACUUCAGAGGUAUUUAGUUCUCUGGCACUUAUUUUAAGUGUGCCAUAACUUCUACCUUGUUUCAGUUGUGACUUUUUUUUUUAUGUAAACUUGCAGGCUUUUGCUAGGUUUAGAAAGCAGUACAUUUAAUUUACCAUCUUAUUCCUAGUAAAUUGAAGCAGAGUCUAGUCCAGGAGUUUAUUUAAACCUCAAACCUUUUCCUUGUUUUCCUGACAUUUAAUAAAAAGUGGCAUUUAACACUUAAAU